GUUGAUGUGUGUACUGUGGGAGACCAGACUAUAGUGAAUGCAGGGUCCGGGGAGACCAGAUAUAGUGAAUGCAGGGUCCUGGGAGAUCAGAGAUAUAUUGAAUGCAGGGUUCCGGGGAGACCGGCAUAUAGUGAAUGCAGGGUUCAGGGAGACCAGAUAUAGUGAAUGCAGGGUCCUGGGAGAUCAGAUAUAGUGAUUGCAGGGUCCUGGGAGACCAGAUAUAGUGUGAAUGACAGGGUCUGGGGAGAUCAUAUAUAGUGAAUGCAGGGUCCCGGGGAGGCCAGAUAUAGUGAAUGCAGGGUCCGGGGAGACAGAUUUAGUGCAUGCAGGGGUCCGGGGAGACCGGAUAUAUAGUGAUGCAGGGUUUGGUUUUGUGGAGACCAGAUAUAGUGAAUGC